AAAGAAUAUAUAAACACAAAAUCACUGUGAAUGUGUAAGCCAAAGUUUCCCAGACUUACAGAAUGAAUCCUUGGACAUAAUACUAACUCUUGUGACUGAUACAUUUUUUUUCCAGAUGUCUCAGAGCUAAUGCACUAUAUGAACUGCAGUAUUAGCUUUUUAGGUUACACAAAGGAAGUUAUACGUGUUAAUGCCAAUACAAAUGGAGCAGUGAGGUGUGUAGGACCCUGUGCCCGAGGUUAUUCUUGUUCCGGUCAUGGACAGUGUGAAAACAGACAGACUGGACCAGUAUGCAUGUGUUUUGCUAAAACGUUUCAGUUUUACAGUGGCGCUCACUGUGAAAUCCUGGAAAGAACUACUGGCUUUUAUGCUGUUGUUUUUGGAGUUACUGGGGCCGCCUUGCUUCUUCUUAUUGUCAUCAUCUUGGCUAUCAUAGUGUGCAAGAAGAACGUACAGUUUAAAACAUUACAAGUGAGUAAUAAGCAGAGACGAUGGUUUACACUUGAAGAAGAUCAUUUUAAUUUUCAGAACACAGAUUUGUCAACAAAGGCAACAAGUCUAGAUGGGAUACAUGGGAGAGCUGGACGAUAUGAUUUUAGAAGAAGCAAUGCAGAAUCUAAUGAGACCUUACAAGGAAGAUUCACUUCAAAAGAUCCUUGCUGACACAUCACACACAGUGGAUGACAGGUGAAGAAGCCAAAGAUGGAACUGUCUUUUGUGAUCACAAAAAUCCUGCUGCUUCAGCUCAUUGUUUUAUUCAUUUCCUCACGAAGUACCUACCUGUUUCUUGAGCACAGAAUGACAUGCAAUAAUAAUCAACUUUCUUUUAUUUCUCAUCAGAGUCACUAAAUAUUUUACAUUACAAUACAUUCAAAAUAUAAAUAAGAAAGAGAUCAAAAGUAUUCCCAAAAGAACCUUUUUAUGUAUGUUACAAAAUGUACAAAUUAAAAUAUCCUUUUUAUACUGUAUCAUGCAAAAAUGAGAAAGAAACCAAUUUACAGUAGAAAAGCUAUAAAACCAGGGCACUUUUCUUUUUUCUAGUAUUUUAUGUUUUAAAAAGUCUUCAAUAAACAAGAAAGGCAGAGCAAAGCUAAAUCUAUUACUGCUAUGCAAUAAGUACUUAUUUUAAAGAAAGUGGCACACCUUGGUUAACACUUUAUUUCAUACUGCAUGAACUUAACAGUUUCACAUAAUAUGUCCAUACUCUAAUGCAUACAAGUAGAACUACCACUUUUUAAACUAGUGUCAGAUAAUUUAUAAGUAAGCAAAGCACUCCAGUGAACUGUUAAGAUGUCUUUUAAUAUAUUCUUGUUUGUUCUUCAUCUAAAUUGUGUAUUGUUCCUUUAAUAUGUUAUUUAAUAAUCAUUUUCAUGGAAACAUUUCUUAAUAAAGAGCUGUAGAAUUGUAUUCUUUACACUACUAUCUGUACAACUGUACUCUUUAAACCACACACUGCUGACACAUCUUAAUUAUGUUAAUGCUUUAAACAUUUUUUAAAGUUAUACUAAGUGCUGAGAGUUGAUUUGAGCACUGUAUUGUUAGUAUUGUUUGG